GGGAGGUGGAGGUUGCAGUGAGCCGAGAUCGCGCCACUGCACUCCAGUCUGCCAAUAGAGCGAGACUCCGUCUCAAAAAAAAGAAAAAAUAACUGUAAACUCUACCUUGCCUGGGGCAUUAUUUGAUGAUAAUGAUGACAGUGACAACAGCAAUAAGCAUAGCUAUCACGUUUCAGUGCUGAGUGCCAGGCAUUGCAGAAAACAUUAAAAGCAUGAUCUCGUUUCAUCCGUACCAAUUGCCCUAUCAAGUAGGAGUUGAUGGUAUUCUCGUUUUACAGCAUAAAAAGUAUGGUUCGCUUUCAAGUUCUGCCACUAGGAGGUGGUAGAGUCACAGUCGGAGCCCAAGGCCCCAGCGACUCUGGUAUACUGAAUCCCAAAAGAGAGAUGGUGUACUGUGUUGGUCAGGUGGAACACUGCUCAAGUUUUGGCUGCACUAGGAAUCUGAAGCAGGAGAAUCACAGUUCUGCUCUAGGGUGCUUCACUGAUCCCGUAGAAGUUACAGAGACAGUGAUGUCACAUAGAUGGGUUAAGACCAAAAUGCAAAUAGCGCUAAUACAGGGAAUAAGUGCCAGGAGAGAGAUAUCUAUAGAUAAACGCAAUGAGGAUUUAAACAGUUAAAGGUCAUGUGAGGGUGGAAAGGUAGAGGUGGAGUUUGAUUGGGGCUUUGGAGGAAAAAGAAUUUCAGAAGUCAGAAAUUCAUCUAAGAGUCUUCAAAUUCCUGUGCUGUCUUACGAAAUAAGUAGUUUGGUUGAGCAUGUGUCUGAAGAGGAAGAGUGAGAAGUAAAGUUUAAAGGUAGAUAGGGGCUUGGAUCACAUUGUGGAUGGCCUUGACUACCAGGAGAUUUUAACUUAUUCCACAGGCAAGGAGAAACCAUUUAAGGUUUUUACAAAGGAGUAACAUAAUUGGAGUUGCAUUUCAGGGCUUGUCUCUUUCAGGAAUGUGCUCUUUUCUCACAGAUAUUUAUUUGCAUGGUAUACUCUCUCUCCUAUUUCAGGCCUUUACACAAAUACCACCUUCUUUGUGAGGCUUUCCCAGAACCCCAUCCCAGCACUCCCUGUCCUCCUUCAUUAUUUUAUUUAAUAGCACUUACCUCAAUCUAAUAUACAUGUUUUGCCAAUUUAUUUUUAUUGUUCUCUUCCUACUGGAACAAUAGAAGAUAAUUUUGUCUGUUUUAUGAACUGCUGUAUCCACAGCACUUAGAACAGUGCUGGGCAUGUUGUUAGUUCUCAAUAAAUAUUUCUUGAAUAAAGGACUGAAUAUGGCAAGGAUGUAAAGUAGACAUUAACCUGUAGAGACUGAAGUUAAGCAAACCAAUUAAGGAGCUCCUGCUGGAAUCAAAAUAAGAGGUACCAAAGAUAAUACUAAGAGAUGUAAUCUCAGAGAAAAAAUUUCCAAAUACAUGGACAGAGCGGAAAACAUAAAGAAGUACUUGGACCAAGAAAAAGAAGAUGGAAAAUAUCACAAGCAAAUUAAAAUAGAAGAGAAUGCAACAGGUUUCAGUUAUGAGUCACUUUUUCGCGAAUACCUUAAUGAGACAGUUACAGAAGUUUGGAUAGAAGAUCCUUAUAUUAGACAUACUCAUCAGCUGUAUAACUUUCUUCGAUUUUGUGAGAUGCUUAUUAAGAGACCAUGUAAAGUAAAAACUAUUCACCUUCUCACCUCUCUGGAUGAAGGCAUUGAGCAAGUGCAGCAAAGUAGAGGCCUGCAAGAAAUAGAAGAGUCACUCAGGAGUCAUGGAGUGCUGUUAGAAGUUCAAUACUCUUCUUCAAUACAUGACCGAGAAAUUAGGUUCAACAAUGGAUGGAUGAUUAAGAUUGGAAGGGGACUUGAUUAUUUUAAGAAACCACAGAGUCGUUUUUCCCUUGGAUAUUGUGAUUUUGAUUUAAGACCAUGUCAUGAAACAACAGUGGACAUUUUUCAUAAGAAGCAUACAAAAAAUAUAUGAUGGGUGGUAGCCUAAUUUGUAUUAUGUCUACUUUAAGUGAAUAUUGGAUUUUUUUUAAAAGAUCACUUUUAUAAUGUAUGAAUUUAACAAUAAACUUUUAUAUUUCUACUAA